GAUAACAUGGCGGCUGCGUCGCGGCUGUUGUAAGGAGUGCUCCACACGUUUGUGAACGGCGUGAUGAAUGGAGGCGCCAAAUAAAACUUCCACUUGUUUGUGUAUAGUACAUUUAUUAUAGCAAUUUGUUCUUUUUCGUCGAGUCUGCGUAUGAAGCCCUUCUCUUCAUAUAUUCGGCCCAGGAACGACGGUUAUGGAAGACGAGGAGAGACAGAAGAAAUUGGAGGCCGGUAAAGCGAAGCUGGCCGAAUACAGGCAGAGAAAGGCUCAGGCGGAUGGACAAAAUAGACCCCGGAGGAAGAAGAAAGGAUCCAGGGCCAAGGAGGCCGAUCCUGCCGGAGAUGAAGGAGACCCCGACCCUCCCCGCAGUGGGCAGGGUGGGACACCAGCGCCCCCAACAGAGUUUACCAUCUCGAGGACUCUGCGCAGCGGGGAGACGGUCAAGCACGGCCAAACGUACACCAUUGAGCCUGAAAGUGAGGUAUCCACUACAGCGGAGGACUGUUCUUCCGAGGUAAAUGGGUGCCACGCGGUGACAGAAAGUGCAAAGGGAUCUCGCGAGGAUGUCGCCUGGGAGGAAGACCUGCUGCUGUCCGGACUUCAUUCCGAACACGAGGGCCUGGACUCCCAGACACGGCUGCAGAUGGUGGAGGAUGAGCUGGCCGUGAAGAGCCAGGAGGUCGAGGAGCUGAGGAGGGAGCUCCAGGACAUAAGGGCCACCUUCGGGACAGAGGGAGUGCAGCAGCUCCAGGACUUUGAGGCCGCGAUUAAGGACCGCGACGGCAUCAUCACUCAGCUGACGGCCAACCUGCAGCAAGCUCGCAAGGAGAAGGACGAAAUUAUGAGGGAGUUCCUGGAGAUGACGGAGCAGAGUCAGAGACUGCAGAUCCAGUUCCAGCAGCUCCAAGCGGGAGAGACCUUGAGGAACACGAGUCACAGCAGCACGACUGCGGACCUCCUCCAUGCCAAGCAGCAGAUCGUCACGUACCAGCAGCAGAUCCACGAACGGGAUGCAGAGCUGCAAGGACAGCGAGAGAGGAGUCAACAGCAACUGCUGCGGAUCAACAGGCUGCAGGAUCAACUUGCUCAGAAUGAAACGCUGGUGAGGACGCUAGAGGAAUCGUACGCUCAGAAGCUCGACGAGAAGGACUUGCUAAUCACCAAGCAACGGGAGCUGAUAUCGGAGCAGGAGAGCUCACUCACACGGUUGAAAGAGGAGCUCACAGCCUCCCAGAAGAUGUCGGGUGAGCUUAACACUCAGGUUGCUGCGAGGAAUCAGGAAUUGGAGAGCUACAGGAGCGAGCUGGCUGGUUCCAAGCAGCGAGAGAGGAGGUCAUCGGAAGAAAUCCACCAGCUGAUGGCCACAGUGGAAGACCUGCAGAAACGCUGCCAUAGGGAGAGCCAGUCGGAGAGUGACAUCCUGCAACGAGUGGAAGGAGACCUAGAGAAGAAGAUGGAGCAGCUCAGAGCCGAGCUAGACGAGAUGUACGGGCAGCAGAUCGUCCAGAUGAAGCAAGAGCUCCGCCUGCAGCAUUCCCAGGAAAUGGAGAAGCUGAAGGAACGUCACAGGGUGGAGCUGGAGCGUGUGGGAGCACGGCCAGCCGUGAACCCGGAACAGGUGAGCACGCUGAACAAGACGAUCGGCGAGAUGCAACAGAUGUUGCGCGAAUCUCAGAUGCAGGAAGAGGAAGCGAACCGGGAGCUAAGCAGGGUGUCGGAAGAGAAGCUCAGCCUGCAGAGUCAGGUGGAUGAUCUGUUGAAGGACCUGCGUGCUGCAAAGGGGAGAGUCGAAAGGGCAUCACAGAGCAUAAGCUUCCAAGAGAAAAAGCUGAGUGAGGCCGAGAAGCUCCACGGCGUCAUUGGUGACCUGCAGGCUCAGCUGGCCGCCAUGGCGGAAGCUACCAAGGAGUUGGAGGCCAAGCAUGAAUCAGAGGUGACCAACUACAAAAUCAAGCUGGAGAUGAUGGAACGCGAGAAGGAUGCCGUGCUGGACAUGAUGGCUGAGUCGCAGGAGGCCGAGCUGGAGAGACUACGGACACACCUCCUGUUCAGUCAUGAAGAGGAGCUUGUCAAGCUCAGGGAGGACCUGCAGAGGGAGAACCUGCUCAACAUCGAGAACCUCAAGGACGAGCUGGCCUCGAAACACAAACAAGGGCUCGAGAAGGUGCAGAGGAGUCUGGAGGAGCAGCUUCGCAUCGCGAGAAGCGAGAAGGAUGGCGUGCAGAGCGAGAGAGACGCACUGGUGUUGGACAUCACUGCGCUGAGGAACCAACUGAACGAGUCACUGGAAAAUGAUAAAUCAGAGGAGUUGACUUUACGACUUGGGGAGCUUGAGGCGGAGAUAGUGGAGUUAAGGAAAGAAGGAGAGGAGAAAGGGACCUUAGAAAGGGAAAUCCAGGAGCUGUUAUGCCAGAAUGAUCAUCUCGAGAAGCAGGGCAAGGAAAGAGAGGCUUCCUCGCAGCAGAUUCAUAAAGAGCUGGAAUCAGAGAACAUGGCUCUUAAGGAAGCCAAUAGGGCCGUCACACAGGAGUCCCUGAACACACGUGAGGAAAAUGAGCACCUGACCACUGCAGUUGACCAGCUGAAUAAGAGGAUAAGUGACCUGGAACGAGAAGCAGAAGCUCAGAGGAACACUUUCUCCUUUGCUGAGAAGAACUUCGAGGUGAAUUACCAGGAGCUUAAGGACGAGUACGCGUGCCUGGCCAGCUCGAAAGUAGAAUUAGAGGAAAAGCUCCAGAAGAAGAUCCUGGGCUAUGAGGCCAGGCUGAGGGACCUUCAUUCACAGAUCUGCGAGCAACGGGGCCACAAGGACCGAGCCGGGGAGCAGCAAGGAGGCACCGGGAAGUCCCACGAGAUGGAUGAGGAUUUCUAUGAUGCUGUUGAGGUACUGGAGAAGGAUGCCUUCGAGCUCAUGGAGAAGCUGGAGGUCGCGGAAAGGGAGAAAGGCGGGCUGCUUUUGCAGCUGACGGGCGUCUCCCAGCAGCUGGCCUCGAAGGAGAGUCGUGUUGAGGAACUCGAAGUCAAACUGGAGGCUGUCAGGGAGGAGAACCGGCGAAUCGUGGAGAGGAGGGAGCAGGAGUGCCUUCAGCAAAGGGGAGGGGAGAGCCUCUCUGGCUAUCCCUCUGGCCAUGCAGUGUUUCAUGAGGAGAAGGCGGUCACGCUCCAAUCCUCCCUGCAGCCCGUCGAGAAGCAGAGCGCGGGGGAGCAGCGCGUCGCGCUCGAGCCCGGCGCUCCCAGGGGGGCACCUGUUGAGAGAAGCCCCGCCACCCCAGCUCUGCCAUCAGACGGAGAGAGCCCGAGGCAGCGGGGCGCGGCGGAGGACUCCCUGCACGUGGAGCUACAAGAGAAGGAGCGAGCUCUGGCUGCCGCAGAACAGGAGAUCCGGGAUUUAAAGGAGACUCUCCGCAUGCUGCGCGCCUGGCGGACUGAGGACGGACAGGAGGUGGGAGAGCUGGGCUCCGGCGUUGUCAGCGAGGAUGAGUUCAGGCUGCAGAUGGAGGCCCAACGCAUCAGCCUGUCCCAGAUCCACGCGGCGCAGCUGGAGCUGCAGCAGGAGAGCCUGCAGGCAGAGAGAGAGGCCUCCCUGCGCGGCCUGGAGCUGGAGCUCCGCGCCUCCCACUGGCGGGAGCUGGAGAGGCUGCGGGAGGCCCUGGACUUGAAAGGAGACGGCUCAGACCCCUCGGAGUGGUCGGAGGCCUGUCUCGGGCAGGUGGAGAGGCUGAAGGCGGAGUUCCAGGAGCAGCAGACUCAGCUGGAGGAGCAGCACGGCCUGGAGAUAGAGCGCCUGCGCUCCCACUAUCAGCAGCAGGCUAAGGAGGCGGAGGAGCGCUACGGUGCGGAGAUCCUCCUGCUGCAGCACCGAGUCCAGGAGCUCGCUGGAGACGAGGCCCUGUCCAGACUUUCAGCAGAAACGCCAUCCUCUGGACUUGAGAUGAUGGAAGAAAGCGAGGAAAUCAAGCUGGAAGACGUUGAGAUGGAGACGGAGCUGACGCAGCUGCUGAAGCCGAUGGGCCUUAGCACGCAGCUGCAGGCGCUGAGGAAGGCUCUGCACGACAAGUACCUCCAGGAGGUGGCCGCCCUGCGGGAGGAGCACCGCACCGAGCUGGAGCAGCUGGCCCCACCGCCCGCAGCCCAGGGUCCCGGGGUCGACGGGUCGGACCCCGCCUCGCUUAUGGAGUCAUUGGAGAAGCAGCAGCAGGAGAAGGUGGAGGUGGAGAUAGCAAAGGUGAUCGUGCAGAUGUCCGUGGAAUUUGCCCAGCAGACGGAGCGCGCCAGACUUGCCAAGCGUGCCAGGGAGACCUCGUCGGGGAUACAGACGCAGAGCGAGGAGCUUGGCUGGCAGGAUGCCGGCGAGCUGGAGGAGGUGGAUGCGGCCGCCUGCCCUCUGGGGUGCCCCGGGGAGCUGCAGGAGGCCGGAGGCAGCCUGCCCAUGGAGAAGGCGGCUCAGCAGGUCACGCUGAAGGCACUGCAGCAGGAGCUCGGCCAGCAGGAACUGGAGCACCGGCAGGCCCUGGAAGUACUCAGGGUGACGCACGCUGAGCAGCUGGAGCUGCAGAGGGACCAGCAGUUGCAGCUGAGCGCCGAGCUGCAGCAGCUGAGAGCGCAGCUAGCACAGAGAGACGCUGAGCUGAAAGACCUCUCCCCUGAUGAUGGAGUCAUGGCAGCAGAUGAAAGCAGAGAGCCCCCGAAAUCCGUCCCCACCACGCAAAGCAGCGGCACACAGACCGAGCCGACGUCAGAGGAGACUGAAGAGAGUGGAAGAGAGACCCCCCGGGCAGGCGGAGCCAAGCCGACAGCCCCUUUCCCGGCAUCAGACGAACCCGAGCCGCCUCCCACAGACGUUAUUACCACUGAAAGGAACCUGCUCCGUAAGGCUAAUGCGACCUUGUGGCAAGUGCUGAGCGACGUCCUGAAGACCACCAGGGCCGCCGAGGAGACCAUCGGCCGCCACGUCGAGGGCCUGCUGGAGACCUCCAGCAGGGGGCAGCCUCGCCACAGGUCUGCGUGGCAGAGAGCGGCAGUGGAGCCCAGCAAGCCCCGUGGUGAUGCCUUGGCGGCCGACCCCGGCGGAGACGCCUCCUCCGAUACCUUCUGCGGCAGCAAGUCCGGAGUGGGCGACGCGUGGUCACUGGUGACGGAGUCGGACGAGGGCCUGGAGAUGCCACAGCAGCUGGUCGAGGAGCUCCUGUUCAGGCCAGAGCUGCAGCUGGAGAACGAGGAGGACCUGAUGAACGUCAGCUCCCGGCUACAGGCCGCCGUGGAGAAGCUGCUGGUAGCCAUCAACAAGACCACUGACCAGCUGGAGCACGCCAGGGUGGCUCAGACGGAGCUUAUGCGAGAGUCCUUCAGGCGAAAUGAGGAGAUGCACGAUCUGCUGAGGAGGCAGGAGGAGCUGCAGGAGCAGCUGGUGGAGGAGGCCAAGGUCCGGGAGCAACUGGCCAUGGAGCUCCACAGGGCUGAAGGCCUGAUCGACGGCUACACGGACGAGCGUGCAACUUUGGAGACCCGACUGCGGGAGAAGGAGGAGCUGCAGCUGCACCUGGAGCAGGAGCUGCGUGUGACGGGCAGCCGCCUGCGGGAGCUGGAGCAGGAGCGGGAGCAGAUGGAGCAGGAGCGGGAGCUGCUGGCCAGGCAGCAGGGGGCCAUGCGCGGCGCGGCGGGGCCCCGCGAGCUGUGCCUAGUUGAAGCUGCAGUUGAUGCAGCCCCCGAAGCAGGUCUGCUGGAGGAGACCGAAAAGCUAAUGAAGGAGAAGGUGGAGGUGCAGCUGCAAGCCGAGAAGGACAACAGUGACCUCCAGAAGCAGGUGAAGUGUCUGGAGAUGGAGCUGGAGGAGCAGGUGAACAAGGCCAUCGAGCUGGAGGAGGCUCACCGGUCCGAGAGCAGCGACCUGAGGCAGCAGAUCCAGGCCCUGGAGAAACAGCUGGAAAACAACAGAAAGUUCCUGGAUGAACAGGCCGUCGACCGUGAGCACGAGCGAGAUGUUUUCCAGCAGGAAAUCACCAAGUUAGAAGUGCAGCUGAAGAACAGCAUGAAGCAGCAGUCCAGCAAUGAGGAGCGAACCCGAGAGGUGGAUCAGCUGACCAUCCAGCUGAAGGAGAAAUCUGAUUGGUGCAGCGAGCUCCUGCUGGGCUCUGAGCAGCUGCAGAGGGACAUUCAGGAACGGAACGAGGAGAUCGAGAAGCUGGAGGGGCGCGUGCGGGAGCUGGAGCAGGCUCUGCUCACUAGCGCAGAGUCGCCGCGGAAGGGGGAGGACCAGAGGCAGACGGUCCUCAUGCAGAAGACUGAUGACUCAAGCCUGGAGGCCCUGCUGCAGACAGAAAGGGAGGCUUUAGACAGAAAGGAGAAGGAGAUCAGUAACCUGGAGGAGCAGCUAGAGCAGUUCAGGGAGGAGCUGGAGAACAAGAGCGAGGAGGUCCAGCAGCUUCAAAUGCAACUGGAGAUCCAGAGGAAGGAGCUGAACACCCAGCAGGAGGACCUGGAGCACAAGAGUGGCCUGCUUAAGGUCUUGGAAGAGAAGGACAGGCAGAUAGCCCUUCUAAAUCAGCAGCUCUCUAUGCUUCAGAAAAUGGAAACUGCACCAGAUAACAAGAUGAUCGAAGAGAAGAAUGAAUUAUUGAGAGAGCUGGAGACGCAGGUUGAGUGUUUGAAGAGUGAACAGGAGCGCCUGAGAAGGAACAAUGAACUCGAGGUCGAUCAACUCAAUGACGUUAUUGAGAAGCUGCAGCAGGAGCUUUCGAAGAUUGAGCACAAAAGCUCUGAGGAAUAUCUCCCGGACGCAGAAGACCUGAGCGGUGCCUCCAGGGAAGAAGUCAGUCUGAGCAAGGAAGAGUUUGAUGAGAUGAAGCAGAAAAUAGACGAGACUACUCAGGAACUGAACACGCUGAAGGCUAAUCACAACUCGCUGCUGGAGAAAUGCAGAGGUCUAGAAGAAGAGAAGCUGGAUGUAUUGAGCGCCAAGGAGAACGAAAGGUCACAUGUGGAGGAGCUGGAGGAGGCGUUGCAAGAGAAGACCGCUGCGGCUGUCGUCAUGCAGGCGCAGAUUCAGGCCUUGGAGCAGAGCGCGAGCUCCAAAGUUGCCGAUCUGACGAAACGGGUGGAGGAGCUGGAAGCCUGUGUGGAGGAGAAAGAUUCUGAACUUACUGACUGUAGGUUGCGAGUGGAACAGGCCCAGGCUGAGGCUGUCGCACUUCAGCUCAAGAUCUCCAUUCUGGAAGACAAACUCAGGGACAAGAUGGCCAGUCUGCUGGUGAGCCAGGCCCAGCUAAGUGCUGUGCAGCUGCAGUCAGAAGAGGCACAAACCAAAGAGCUGUGUGGUCAGACUUCUGAAGCAGAGAGUCUUCUGGAGUUUUGCCCAUGUGAGGCAAGGGAGGAAGCCUUUGAAGGCCCGUCUUCAAUCCCAGAAACCCCUGAAGAGGUCAGAGAAGCCAGACGGACACCGGUAGCGAAAGUGGUACAUCUUGUGGAGAAGCUGAAGGACCUUGAAGAUGGCUUGCGUGAGAUUCUGAAGGAUCAGGAGCUACAGAAGCACCUCCUGUCCAGUUCAGAGGAGGAGGUGGUGGAGUAUGAGAAAAGACUGGCAGUAAUAAUGAGCCUCCUCAACCGGAUGACCGCAAAAUCCAUUCACCGAAAAUCACCACCACUAAGCACAGAAUCCAGCAGUCUCAAAGAGGAGGACCCCGCCACCGACUCGGGGCUGCUACUGGAGAUGCGGGAGGUCCGACAGGAAGCUGCUGCCGUCAGAGAAGAACUGAGAACUUACAGGGAGCAGAGCGAGAGGCUGGAGAAGGAGCUGCAGGUUAAAGAAUUAACUAUAUCUCAGCUGCAAGAGGACCUUCAAAAGACGUGCGAUAGCGUGUCGAAGGAGACAGAACUGCUCCAGGAGCUGCACGAGGUUCGCCGGGAAGCUGCUGUCACCAAAGAGGAGCUGAGCGCCUACAGAGAGCGGAGUGAGCAGCUGCAGAAGGAGAUGGAGGAGAGGGAGAUGGCUAUUGCUGACCUCAAAGAGGAUCUCCAGAGGGUGUCUGAUAUAGAGAGAAAGGAGGCCUCCGCUGCCGAGUCAGAGCUUCUGAAGGAGCUGCAGGAGGUCCGAGAGGAAGCCGCAGCCACCAAGGAGGAGCUGAACAGCUACCGGGAGAGGAGUGACAAACUGAAAGAGGAACUUCAGCUCCGAGACGCCUCCCUGGCCAAGCUUCAACAGGAGCUCCAGCAAGUGGGGGCCGCCUUGGCCAGGACCCAGGAGGAUCCGUCUUCCCAAAAGGAGGAGAAAGGGGGGAAACUCAAAGCCGUAGAGGAGACCCAAGCUUCCUCCCCCGAAGAGUUGCCAUCCCCCGUGAGGAAGAACUCCAUGUGCCAGACUGACAGGCCUUCCAUCUCAAGCGGCGGCUCCCAGACGGAGCGGCUGGUGUUUAUGGAUGCGGGGGCCCAGGCGGAUCUGGCCGUGCCAGGGCCCGACGCUUCGGAGGAGAUCGCGGAGGUCAUCGGCGAGUACGAUGAGCGGAUCGGGCAGAUGCAGGAGCUGCACGCGGCCGAGAUCAUGGACAUGGAAGCCAGGCACAUCUCUGAGAGUGAAGCACUGAAGGGCGAAGCCCAGCUGCUGCAGCAGGAGUGCCAGACUCUGAAGAUCGUCAUCGAGAAGCUGAGGACUGCCGAGUCUGUCUCAUCUCGGCCAGAGCAGCCCGUCCUCUCACGCAGCAGAGAUGAAUACACCAGCGAAAGCGGCUCGGACUGGAGCCAGCACACUUGUGACGUCUCGAGCCUUAACCAGGAGUUCAGAAGCACUCCAGAAGGGGGCAGGAGGGACAACGAGACUGGACAGGGUUCCAUUGACGUCUUGCCUGACAGGAUUAAGAGCCUACUGAGAGAGGUCCACCAGGAGGGCAUGCAGGUGCUGUCCCUGUCCGAGCUGCCCCUGCUGGAGGGGGAGCAGCCGGCCACCCCGCCGAGGCCUCAAGGAUGGCUGAGGGAGCGAGAGGCCCUGCUGGCAUCCAUCGAUUCCCUGAAGGCCCUCAUUUCCAGGAUGCAGACCUCCAGAGAAGAACAGCCUGGAGAAGGUGCCACGGACUGGCGGUCGGAGCUCCUGAGGGCAGUGCAGCAGGUGUUGGUGAGCGAGCGCGGUGUGCUCAAGAGCGCCCUCUAUGCACGACUGGAGCAGUUGGACACCAGUGACAUGGUCGUUCACCUCAACCAGCUGGAGCGGCGCCUAUCGGAGCAGGAGGCCCAGCACAGGGAGGCGUUGGAGAUCCUGGGUGGUGCGGAGAGACGUAGCCUGCUAAUGGAGGUCCAGCAUCUCCGUGCCCAGAUGCAGAUGGUCCAACAGGAGCCUGGCCAGAUGAAGAUCUCCGUACUGCGGCCUGCUCAGAGUCCCAGUCCAGGUGAACGGGACAGACAAGAAGGCCAAGGGACCCCAAGUAGCGCCGGUGCAUCUCAGGACCUCCGUGGGCUCCCCGCAGAGAGGAUGGUGCUGGACGAACUGAAGGGCGAGCUGGCCCAGACCAAGCUGGAGCUGGAAACCACCUUGAAGGCACAGCACAAGUACCUGAAGGCGCUGGAGUCCCUCAGGAGCGAAGUCGCAGAGAAGGUGGCCGAGGUGGACAGGUUGACCGAGGCUCUGGCAAGUGAGCAGAGGAGGUCGAGGGAGCUUCAGUGGGCGUUUGAGAAAGAGAAGUGCAAGCGGGACAAAUACGAGAAGGAGGAGCAGGAGGAGCUGGAGGACCUGAGGCUCGCUCUGGAGGAGCAGCAGAGCCGGGCAGUCCAGCUGAGCGAGAGCCUGGACCAGCAGCAGGGGCUGACGGCCCAGCUCCAGCGGGAAGUGGAGACCGGCCGGGCCCAGCUGUCCCGCGUGCAGAGCCGUGCGUCCGAGCUCCGGGUGCAGCUGGAGUCGGCCCGGGCCCGGGCCCUGGAGCUCGCUGGCGCCCUCGAGCGGGAACGGGAAACACGGCAGCAGCACGGUGCAGGGGAUCCCGAGGCUGAGGAGGGGGCCCAAUCCACUGGGGCCCUCCUGGAGGCGCUGCGGGCGCAGCUGGACGAGAAGCAUGGCCGGCUGGUGCGCCUCGUGGAGGAGGUGGAGAGGUACAAGCUGGAGGCGUCGCAGGCCGAGUUGCAGCGGGAGGAGGAUGAGCGGGCGAACAGGAUCAACACUCAGCAGGAGCAGGAGGCCCAGCUGAAGGUCCUGCAGGCCAAGGUGAAGGAGCUGCAGAGGCUGGUCCUGCAGCUGCAGCAGGAGAAAAACCGUCUGGAGAACAAGGUGGAGGAGCUGCAGGCUUCUGCACGGUCUGCGGAGGCUGGAGACCCCACAGGGACACUGCAGGAGGACCCGUGGAAAGGGGAGAGCCAGCCCAGCGACAGGACCAGGGACUGGGUGCUCAGGCAGAAGGUGUCGGACGUGCUGACGGCGGAUUCUGGCACUGGCUCUCCAGAGGCUCCAGCAGGGGGCGCCACUCCUGCAGAAUCCCAGCAUGUGGCCGCUAUUGUGAACAGACUGCAGCUCAUCGCCACCAAGAUCAGGAGCAUGGUGAACAGGAUGCCUGUCGACGAGGUGGACAGCAAGGCACUAGCGUGGCUCCAGGGAAGCGUCCAGAAUGUGAUCUCGCUGGUGCAGCAACUACCUGCCAUUCCUCCUGUCCCAGAGAGCGUGAUGGCCAGUGGUCCGUCCAGCUCGCUGACAGAGCGCCUCCUGAGGCAGAACGCUGAGCUCACCGGCUUCGUCAGCCGGCUCACCGAGGAGAAGAACGACCUCCGGAACUCCCUGUUGCGUCUGGAGGAGGAGCAGAGGGAGCACCGACAGAGAUGCCUGGGCACGGGGGAGCAGACUUCCCGGAGAGCUGUGGACGACCAGGCCGCCCUGAGCGCGCUGCUCUCUUCAGAGCGUGAGGCGUGGGCUCGGGAGAGGAGCCGGCUGCAGAAAUCCCUGCGGCAGGCAGAGGCGGAGGUGUCCCGGCUGAAGGCCGAAAUCCGCACCGAUUCCCUCCGAGACGUGGCAGGCCCCGAGGCCGACACCGCCGCCCUAAAGAGGAUCUACGGAAAGUACCUCCGUGCCGAGAGUUUCCGGAAGGCUCUGAUCUAUCAGAAGAAAUAUUUGCUGCUGUUGCUGGGGGGCUUCCAGGAGUGUGAGGAGGCCACUCUGUCCCUGAUUGCGCGGAUGGGGGGGCGGCCACCACACUCUGGCCUGGAGGCCAUAUCCCAGCGUCGGAGGGGCUUCACCCGCUUCCGGUCCGCUGUGCGCGUCUCCAUCGCGCUAACCAGAAUGAGGUUCCUGGUGAGAAGAUGGCAGAGAGCCACUGGGUCGGGGUCCAGCUCUUCGUCCAGCGUCAACAGGAACGGCUUAGCUCAGAUUGCAGGAAACGAGGUGAGAAUCGACUCCCCUUUCCUCCAUGCCGGAGGGCUUGAAGUCUGCGGAGAGCGCAGGGGAACCAGCCGCGGACGCACCGGACCAGAGUCUCCCAGGUUCCACACUGUGACCGAUGCCGGCACCCUGGCCUGCUCCCACCUGCAGAACUAUGACCCGGACAGGGCGCUGACUGACUACAUCUCUCGCCUGGAGGCGCUGCAGAGGAGACUGGGCAGCGUGCAGUCCGGUUCUUCAUACGCUCAGUUGCACUUUGGGAUACGAAGAUGAGAUGAGUCACUUCUCUACACUAAAGCUGGCAUGAGAAUUCAGUUGCCUUUCUUCGUGAUGAGCUGCUGUGUUUCGUUCUUACCGCGUGUGUAUCUGUGGGACCAAAACCAUCUCGCGUGACAUCUUGUUGGGCUUUUUAACUCUGCCCGGCUUCGACAAAAGAACAAUCGGCUUCUGUGUAAAUUAGUCUGCGUAUUUGUUGUGCAUAAAUACAAUCAAGCUCUUAAGUGUAUAUUUGUGGAAUGGUAAUUUAAAACAAUUUAAUUUAUACUGUCCGUACUGUUUUUUUGUGUGGGUGAGAGAGGAGAUGGGGUGUGCCUGCUUUUGUGAGAAGACUCCUGCAGGUUUUAAUGCUUUAUGCUUGUUACUAUUAUAGCGGCGUGAUGGACAGGACACAGAAGAAAUUUGUAGACAUAUUUUUGUAAAGGCAUAGUAGGAGCUUUGAAUUUUAAGGGUAUUUUGUCAAAAAUGAAAAUAAAGAUUAUUAUAACAUUUGAAAA